AUGUCCGGCGAAGCAGGCGACCAAGAACAGAAAUCUGUCCCACCAGCUGAUCCCGCACCACCCGCGCCAGCCUCAGAACUCGACGGCAACGAAGCUAGAAGUGCUUUUGGAGACCACCACUCCGCAGCCGGAGACCAUCACUUCACAGGCGGAGACCACCACUCGACAAUCGGAGACGCAGCAGCCGGAGCAGCAGCCGGAGCAGCCACUGGUGCAGCUACAGGCGCAGCAGCAGGUGCCGCAGCAACACACGGGCACACCACAAACCCUCUCGGUCACACCCACCAGCAGCCGCCUAUCAUCUACACGAUGGCCUCCCCCUACUUCGUCUUCCCGGGCGGUGGUGGCUACGGUGCCCAAACGACCACCACAUUCUUCCACGCUCCUCCGCCCCCUCCUCCCCCUCCUCCGCCGCCCCCAAUGCCGUUCGUGACCAACACCGUCACCACCACGACCUAUCUCACAGGCGGCUUCGCACCCCAGGCACCUCCGCCGCCGCCUCCCCCGGGUCCGGUCACUUACUACCCCGUCCAAGUCCAACAGGUCCAGCAGGCCCCGCAGGUCGUCAACGGAUACGCGUACAUGCCCGGUGGAACGGUGUUGCCAAAUAGCAGUGUUGUGGGAGCUGCUCCGCCUCAGGCUGCCCAACAGGGACCGCCGCCGAUGGUUGUUUGUGUUGCUCCUUAG